AUGUUUCACAGUAACAAAUCCUCGAAAAUUACUCUGCAUAAGAAACUCUUUGCACCAGUAUCAAUUACUAGUGCUAUGGGAGCUGGUUCUUCGACGGAACCUAAAGCAAAGAUUCCGGUUUUGUUGUCAGCGGAAGCGGCGAUAGACACAGAAGUACAAGCGGAAGCAGAAACAAAAACACAAGAACGAAAUAUUGUGUCUGUGUCGUCAAAUCCCGUUUCUUCAGUAACAGAAUCUGAUGCAGCUUUGCUUCCUGCUGCGAUUCCAACCGCGGUUCCCAACACUCAUUCGACUACAGAUAGUAUAGAACCACUGGAUACUCAAGCAAAAAACAAAGUUGUCGCAAACACCAUUCAGAUUUUACCUCCUAGUCCUCCUCGAUCUCCGUUUUACUCUUCUUCUUCUGUUUCCUCCUCAUCCCACCACUCCUCACGCCAAUUCUCAACCCACAGACGCAACAUGUCAUCUACCUCCACCACAACCACCCAAUUCAAUUCUCCACCCCCUUCCUACACCCCUUUCAUGACAACGCCUCUCCCUCCCCAGCCCUUUCCAUAUCACAUGCAAAAUCAGCAUUUCCACACAAACAACUAUAGAUACCCAAAUGAAAAUAUGUAUAGCGAUGGAUUUGUCGCCGGUAAUCAAUUUGUAAAUGCGCAGCUGAAUCAUCAAGUUCUUUAUAGAACGGGAUAUGUAUCCGCAUCUCCUUCUCCGUCUCCGGGGCUGCAGCUUCCGGAUUUGGUGGGUGAGGUGUUGAGGUUGAGGGAUAGGUUGAAUUUGUUGGAAGGAGGUGUUUUGGCUGCGCCGGGUGAAGCUGAGGGGGGGGGGAGGGAUAAAAGAGGGGAUAUUGCAAAUGAUGAGGAAAGAAAAAAAAAGAAAGCGAAAGAAAUAGAAAGGGAAACUCGAGAAGCGAAAGAGAGAUGGGAGGAAAUUGAGAAAUGUGGAUUGGGGUAUGAGGAUUUUUUGGACGAGUUUUUCGGUGCUGAUUAUAGUGAUUGGAAGAUUGAAAAGUUUGAGUUUGAAGAGGAGGGAGAGUUUGAGGGGGGGCUGCGGGUGGAAUUGGGAGGGGGGAUGGAAGUGGUGGAUGAAGUUUUUGAUGUCGAUGAGAAGGGUAGGGAUGAAUUCGAAGAUGAGGAGGAUGAGGAGGGGGAAAAAGAAGAAGAGGUGGAGGAAGAAGAGGAGAGUGAAGAUGAAGCGGAGGAGAUUGAGAGUGAGGACGAAGCAGAGGAAAGCGAAAGUUCAGAAGAAAGUUCCUACGAACAAAGUCCAGAAGAAGAAAACCCGCCCAAACCCGAAGACACAAUAACCCUCCUCCCAUCCGUAUUCAUUAACGAACGCUCAAAGUCUCGUUUCCACCCUCCCUACUCAUCUUCUUCCUCUUCCUCCUCAACCUUUCCCUCCUAUUUCCCCCGCUCUUCCACCCCCUCAACACCGCAAUACAAUCACCAAAGAUUUCAAGAAAUUCCUCGAAAGGCCACACCCAUAGCCCCAGAUCCUCCUCAAGUCAUUCUACGAACACCAGAUCCAUUACUUCCGGAAUUCGGAUGUUAUUACAUCAUAAACGCUGGUUCUAUCAUGAAUAUAACGGUUAUAUAUCCCGUUACUUCUUUGCCGGAAAGUAUGGAUGAUUUGGGAGAGGAGAAGGAGGUGGUGAGAUGUGUGUUGGAGGGGUGGAAUAGAGGGAUUAUUGAUAAAUACGGGCACCGUCCAUCAAAAAGAGCAUACGCUGCUAUUAUCUACCCCGAUCCGCAAGUGCCCCUCCCCCGCAAAAAACUCCGCAUAGCACUUUCCUUCACUCCUAUCUAUCCCCCUCCAUCAUCUUCCACAUCCCCAUCCGCUAUUCCCACAACGAAAACUCCUACAAACCCAGAAGAUAUAACAACAGAUACAUCUAUCUAUAUCAGUACUACGAAUGGAUGCACUUCGUUUUCACUGAGUGAUAAUAAUGGAGUGAUGGAUUAUACGAAGUAUAAAGUGAAAUAUGGGAAUCAGAAUGUGCAUGAGAGACAUGAUGGGAUUUUGGAGGUGGAGAGAUUGAGGGGGGCCUUGGGGUGUGAGGUAUUUGGGAAAGAAGGUCAGGAGGGAGGAAAGGGAGAACAAGAAGAGGGAGAUGGCGUGAAAAACAAGUUGGGAGACGAGGAAGAGUAUUGGGAAAGCGAAGUGGUGAAGGAUAAGUGGAAAGAUGAUAGUCACGAUGUAGGAUGGGGAGAUGAUAAAAAAGGCUUUGGGUUAGAAAAUGGAAAAGAGAUAGAAGGGGGCUGGAUUUGA